UCCAUGUGACAAGAGAAGGUUAAACAUGGCUGUCUGUUGGAAAGGGCUCAACAAAAUGAUGUUUUCACUGAGCUUACUACGAAACCUCCGGCUCCGAAAUGAACGGUUCAUAUCCACGUGUCUGUGUCGUCUUUCUCCCCACGAGGAGCCCCCGAAGUUCACCCCUCCAUCUAAACCUGUCAUUGUUGAUAAAACACAGACUGUGGAAUCGCUGAGAAAGUUCCUGAGCCCAGAGUUCAUCCCACCCAGACAGAGAACAAAUCCUUUAAAGUUUUCCAUGGAGAGGAAAGACAUGAUCUGCAGGAGGCAAGUGCUCAACAUCCCUGAAUUCUACGCAGGGAGCAUCCUGGCAGUGACCAUGGCCGACACACAUGCAGCUGGGAAAGUGCAGCGCUUUGUUGGCAUCUGUAUCCAGAGGGGGGGGACGGGGCUCGGAGCCACAUUCAUGCUGAGGAACAUCAUUGAUAACCAAGGUGUGGAGAUUUGCUACGACCUGUACAGCCCUCGCAUCCAGAAGAUAGAAGUGCUGAAGUUGGAGAAGAGGCUGGACGACAGCCUGUUGUACCUGAGAGACGCUAUGCCUGAUUACAGCACCGUGAACCCGGACAUGAAGCCCGUGCCCAUCUCCCCCACUGGAGAGGUGCCUUUAAACGAAAUCAAAGUAAGGAUGCGGCCAAAGCCAUGGUCCAAACGCUGGGAACGACCAAAAUUCGACAUCAAGGGCAUCCGCUUUGACCUGUCCCUGACGGAGGAGCAGAUGGAGCACGCGCAGAAGUGGGCGGAGCCAUGGAGAGAGUACGACAUGCUGAAGGAGUACGACACCUCCAAACUGGAGGAGCAGAUCUUCAAUGAGGUCCAGCAGAUCACGAGCAAGUGAGGGAUAUCCUAAACUGCAAACGUUGUCCCAUUUUACCAUCAGCAGACUUUGACAGGAAUGGGAGGUUUUCAUGGAUGAAGAACACUCUGCUGGAUUAAGUCAAUCCAGAUGGUUCACCACAGUGUAAAAAUGUGCAGGAGCAAAUAUGAAAGCUGGAGUUGUAGUCUGAGGAGUGAUGUCUUCUUUGUGUGUAGCAAGUCUACUGUACUGGCCUUAGUAAUCACAUCAAAUACGUGUUUUCUAUAAUAAAAAUACAUUAAAUAUUC